CAACAACCUCUCCACCCCUACUACAAACACAUCAUAUACCUAUCUCCCUUGCUCUCCAACUGUCCUUGAGUGACUGGCAUAACUCAACCUGCACCUCAUACAUCGUUACAUGUACUGACCACCGUGAAUUGCGGGAAAUGUCACAUCCUCGUCUGCGGGCCGCCGCAUCCUCCUUCAUCCACCGUCAAUGCCGCUAUAGCAACCCUCGACCUCAACCCCGAACAGCAUCAGCAGCAUCAUCUUCGCCAUUCGCUCACAUCCACACAUCUCACCCUCGCCUACACCCUUACAAAAAUGUCUCAACAUCACAACAACAACAACAAACCUCCUCAUUCUCCACCACAACCCACCAUCACGCCUCCGCCCGCGAACCAACCUACUACGAAGUCCUCGACAUCCCAAUAACCGCCUCCCAAGGCGAGAUCAAAAAAAAAUUCUACACCCUCUCCAUGCGCCACCACCCGGACCGCAACCGCGACGACCCGACCGCCUCCUCGCGCUUCGCCCGCAUCUCCUCCGCCUACAACGUGCUCAGCCAGCCCAACAAGCGCGCCGCCUACGACCGCGACCACGGCAUCUACGCCCAGUACCAGAACACGCGGUCCACCGCCACGGCCGGCCAACAUCCCAUGGGCAGUUACAGCAGCCACGGCGGCGGGGCCAACCUCCACACCAAGGGGGCCUCGUACGCCGGGUCCCGCCCCGCCAGUGGGCUGAGUAAUCGUCGGGGCCAGUUCCGGGGCCCGCCGCCGAGUUUCUACGCGCAUGGUGGGUAUGGGCGGACGGGGAGGACGAACCCCGGGCCGAGUUCGACAGGUGGUGGUGGGAGUGAUGCUGCGGGCCAGUCAUCCACUACCACUAAUGAUGAGGAUCCGACGGCGUUCAUUCAUAGGAAUACCGUUCAUCAUUUCAAUGCUAGGGGUCACUAUAAGACUCAGUCGGCGGAAGAUGUUCGGCGGAAAGAGCGGAGGCAGAAAGCCAUGGAAGCCGCCCUGAAGGAACAGUACAUUGGGAGUCCCUGGGGGGCCGCCAUGCGAUUCGCGGCUGUUUGUGGGAUCUUGGUCGGGGCUGCAACAGUGGCGGGCUUGUUUCAAUGGCCACGUGAGAAAGUAAGUAAACAGAAAGAUCAAUUGAGGUGAUGAGGUGUGCUUGUACAGGGUAAUCACGUUUAUGGGUGCAUGAGUGUAUUGGGCACGGUUGGCAUCGUCAAAUGUGUCGGGUAGAAAGAUACACAUGGUACAGGAGUUCGGUAGAUACCUUGGUGGCAUUGGAUCCAGACGACAGGCUUGAUCAAUUGAUAUCAUGCAGCAUGUACAUAUAAUGAACAAAG